UGGCUAACAUUUUAAAAAAUAUAUUCCUUGGCGUUGGUAAACAGGCCUUUUUCAUAGAUAAGUUGGCUCUAAGUCCUAUCUUAGUGCGAGUUGGUAAAUGUCAAGGGAGCUUUGCAUUCCUUAAGAGCUCAACGUUCUCUUUCUGAAGGCUGUAUUUCGAACGAUAAACGGAUCAACUCAUGGGCGCUGAUGGCUUUUCUCGUCAACAUAGCCGCUCACCGCCCACGGCGACCACCAAGGUGACCUGGAAACGCGACCAGCCGUGUGGGUCUUCUCUGGGCGUCGGUAUUGUUCCGGUGUGUGUGCUACCUGCUUUGUCACGGAACUUGGUUAAUGGUCUUUCUUCUUUCUGUGUAUUCUUCAGGUAUCAGUGGCUCGGUCCAGUGUCCCCACUGCUGCUUCCGAUGUCUGGGACAACAACAUCUGGACGAACACGUGAAGAAAAGUCACAGUUGCAUCAGGAAGAACGGGAGAUUCAAGUGCGAGCAGUGUCAAUACUCGACCGACAGGUCCACAAACAUGAAACACCACCAAAGGACUCACGCUGGGGAACGGCCGUACCGCUGCUCUAUCUGCAGGGCCCGGUUCACUGAACGGGGAAAUCUCAUCAAACACAUGCGUACCCACACGGGGGAGCGGCCGUACGGCUGCUCACACUGCCAGGCCCGGUUCGCUCAACGGGCACACCUCACUACACACAUGCGGACCCACACGGGGGAGCGGCCGUACGGCUGCUCACACUGCGAGGCCCGGUUCGCUGAACGGGGAAAUCUCAUCAAACACAUGCGUUCCCACACGGGGGAGCGGCCGUACGGCUGCUCACACUGCCAGUCCCGGUUCGCUCAACGGGCACACCUCACUGAACACGUGCGGAUCCACACUGGGGAGAGGCCUUUCGGCUGCACCAUCUGCCCGGCACGGUUCUCUCAACGGUCAAGCCUCAACAAACAUACGCGUACACACACGGGGGAGCGGCCGUACAGUUGCUCCCGGUGUCAGGCCCGGUUCGCUGAACGGGGAAAUCUCAACAACCACAUGCGGACCCAUUAGCGAAAUGCAAUGCUGCAACGUGUUGACAAGUGCAUGGCCGGCCGCCGUUGUACGUUAGUUAUUGGUGUUAUAGCUGUGACUCUCGUUUGUGAGCUUCGUGGCUACCAGUGUCAUAUCUGGUUUGUUUGUUCUUAUCCAGUGUGAUUCAGUGGUUGUGUUUUAAACUAGCCACCUUAACUCGCGUCCCACUUGGGGGCUAUACAUAGCCCCCUCCCGUUUUUCUGCAAAAACUUCCAAAUUGCUUGACGUAUCGA